AUGGCGAGCCCAACUGUUCAUCUGCAUCUAACGCCCGAAGCCGACGAAAUCGGCGACAUCGUCAGCUUGACUAUCAGAAUCGAAUUCAACAGGCCAUCGCUUCAGCCUGGAGAUAUUCUUUGCACCUUCGGUCGACAAGGCGUGACCAAAGAGGAAUCAUGCUGGCAUCCCUGUCACACGCCGCACAACAUCCUGACAGUAUUUUCGGACGGAGACGGUCCUUUGACAAUCUAUGAAUCGGAUAUAGGGCACGGCUAUCUCGUUGAGAGACAUACCCUGGGCGAUGUUGUUGCAGAAUGGAAAGUUCCAUUACUUGAAACAAGCGAUGUUCGUGAAGACUGUCCAGGCUCUGUCUGUCAGCUCCUUCGUGACCAAGGGGGCAUGAUGGGUGCGGGCAAGUAUUUCAUCCCACGAUUUAAUCUGGGCAAUGGAAUUCUGAUUGCGAUUGAAUGGGAUCUGUCCAACUGCCCCCGAGGUUCCAGAGCCGUGACCAGCUUCGGGGAAGGUCCGGAACGAAUCGAGUUCAUGGGCAACUCUGACACACUUCUCGAGUGCGUCUUCAUGGCCGGGCAAGUAAGAAGCGACAACCAGGGUCCAACAUCAUCAACUUCAGCAACUCACAGCCCCUGUGGCACGUACUGGUUUGGCGACCUGCCCUCGAACUUGGACGCCGUCACGGACUAUGCGUCCAAGAUUUUCCCGCGCAUGGCCGAGCAUUUCAGUGACCAAUCUGGCUCGUAUCGGGCCUUUCUCCGGCGUACCUCAAAGGGCCUCCGCGGCACAGCCUUCCAGUCAAGCAGUAUAAUCGAAUACGACGAAGAAGCCAAGGAAGAGUUUGAUUGGGAUCUUGUGAGGGUCCUCAACUGUUCCAUGGCGUCCGCCUGGGCACGUUUAGACCCCGAGGAUGACGGGACCACAAAUGAGUGGUUCACUGAUGGGCUGUCGAUGCUGUACACGGUGUACCUGCCCUUCCGCUUCGGCCAGCGCGGACCGGAUUAUUUCCGUGCGACGGUCAAUGCAUUCUUGUCGGCGUACUACACCAACCCGCUCGUCGCAAGACCACCGACGGACUCUCGGCCCUUCGACACUCGUGGGCUCAGCUGGUACGCUUCCUCUGCACAAGUUUUCCGUGCAUUUGUGUACAUGUUGAAGAUGGAUUCUUUCACACGGCGGGCGGCUGUGGCGCGGGGGUCUGACUUGUCAAGGCCGAUGGAUGAGCUUAUACGCGAUCUGUUGAGUCGAAGACGGAAGGGGGAGAAGAUUCAAAAGGAGCACUGGUUGAAAGGUCUUGCAUACUGGCUUGGAGAAGACGAGGCUGAUAGAAAUUUUCGCGAGAUGCUUGAUGAGAGGGGGAAAGCCAACGAACUGGACGACAUGUUGUCCAGCUUUGGGGCCAAGUUUGGGCCGCAGCCUGUUGAGCAGGAGUUUCUGGACUUUGGAUUUGACCGGACCAGUCUGGAUACCGGGACUGUCACGGGCGUGGAUCAGGGCUCGAGGGCUUGGGAAGCAGGCCUAAGGGAUGGGGAUCGGAUUUUGUGGUAUUCGAGGCCCGAGGCAUGCGAGACCGAAUUUGAGAAGAGGCUGAGACUGAAAGUUGAGAGACGAGAGGAGAAUAUUAACGUUGAGUACUGGCCAAGAUCCAGGGAGAAGGUUACGUGUUGGCAGGUGCUAGAAGGAAAGUAUGAGCCAAAGUAA